AGCGGCAGAGCUGGAAUAAGGGGUGCUAGGGGCAAAGCGAGCUGGCGGAGGGGCGGUAGGAGGGGAAGGAGCAGCCGACGGCCCCCAGGCGGAGGGCGGGCUCGCGCGGGGGUCCUGCCUGCUCCUCUGCGCGUCCGCCCCUGUGUUCUUCCCGCAAACCCUUGCUACCAGAGACUCAAUUUUGUUGACGGUUGUGGGGUUCAGAGGGUCAGCAGGCAGCCCUCCGAAUCCAGGGACUGAGCAGCGGUCACCAGUGUUGGCACGAGAGGGGUUGGUUUAGGUAGCAGCAAGCACCGCCAUGCUCAAGGCCGUGAUCCUGAUUGGAGGCCCUCAAAAGGGCACCCGUUUCAGGCCUUUGUCCUUUGAGGUGCCCAAACCCCUGUUUCCUGUGGCCGGAGUCCCCAUGAUUCAGCACCAUAUUGAGGCCUGUGCCCAGGUCCCGGGGAUGCAGGAGAUUCUGCUCAUUGGCUUCUACCAACCUGAUGAGGCCCUGACCCAGUUCCUAGAGGCUGCCCAGCAGGAGUUCCACCUUCCAAUCAGGUACCUGCAGGAGUUUGCCCCCCUGGGCACAGGAGGUGGUCUCUACCAUUUCCGGGACCAGAUCCUGGCUGGAGGCCCGGAGGCAUUCUUCGUGCUCAAUGCUGACGUCUGCUCCGACUUCCCCUUGAACGCUAUGUUGGAUGCCCACAGACGCCAACGCCACCCGUUCUUGCUCCUUGGCACCACGGCCAACAGGACACAGUCCCUCAACUACGGCUGCAUCGUUGAGAACCCACAGACGCAUGAGGUCCUGCACUAUGUGGAGAAACCCAGCACGUUUAUCAGUGACAUCAUCAACUGUGGCAUCUAUCUCUUCUCCCCGGAAGCCCUGAAGCCGCUUCGUGAUGUCUUCCAGCGUAACCAGCAGGAUGGGCAACUGGAGGAUUCCCCAGGCUCGUGGCCCGGGGCAGGCACCAUCCGCCUGGAGCAGGAUGUGUUCUCUGCGCUGGCGGGGCAGGGCCAGAUCUACGUGCACCUCACCGAGGGCAUCUGGAGCCAGAUCAAGUCUGCGGGCUCAGCCCUCUACGCCUCCCGCCUCUAUCUAGGCCGCUACCAGAUCACUCACCCAGAGAGGCUAGCCAAGCAUAGCCCGGGGGGCCCGCGAAUCCGAGGGAACGUUUACAUCCACCCCACGGCUAAGGUCGCCCCCUCGGCUGUGCUUGGCCCCAACGUCUCCAUCGGGAAGGGGGUGACCGUGGGCGAGGGUGUGCGGCUCCGCGAGAGCAUCGUCCUGCACGGAGCCACACUGCAGGAGCACACGUGUGUCCUACAUAGCAUCGUCGGCUGGGGGAGCACUGUGGGGCGCUGGGCUCGCGUGGAGGGGACACCCAAUGACCCCAACCCCAAUGACCCCCGAGCCCGCAUGGACAGCGAGAGCCUCUUCAAGGACGGGAAGCUGCUGCCUGCCAUCACCAUCCUGGGCUGCCGUGUCCGGAUCCCUGCCGAGGUGCUCAUCCUGAACUCCAUCGUUCUGCCACACAAGGAGCUGAGCCGCAGCUUCACCAACCAGAUCAUCCUCUGAUGGGGGCUGCCACGAGGCCCCCCAGCUCCAACCCACCCCCUUGGAGGCUGCUGCCUGCUUGGCUGGUGUCUACCCAGAGAGGACACGAGGAAGCCAGGCAGGAUCUUCCCAGACCGGGAGCAGUGGGGGUGGCCAGGGCUCCUGGCCUCCCUCCUCACUCCCUAAUAAACCCUGGUGAACCUGGAGCCAGCACGGACUCCGCUUGUGC